AUGAUGGAAGCGCAGUGUAUGAAUGUGAAUGCAAGUAAUUACAGGUGGUCUGCGUCCCGUAGCAGUGUGUCAGAUGUGUGACAGGGGUGUGGGCGAAACUGUCGCGCAUGUGAUACUGGUGUGUGGGAGGUACCGGAGAGAAAGGACGGAGAUGAUGAGGGUGGCACUGAGUGAGAUGGGCUGGCAUGUGAAUGGGAGGAUUGCAAGAACGGAGAGGGAAUGGAUGCUGCCGCUGCUGGGACGGAGUGCUGAAGCAAAUGAGAGAAUUAUGGAAGCCAUGAAGAGUUUUCUGGAAAAGAUGUGGUGUGUAAGAAAUAGGGAAUAUAAUGAUUUGUAAUGGAUACUGCUUGUUUCAUUUUUACAGGUUGUGCCGAUAUGAAGGCCUGACUCUCCAACGGGUCACCUGUACAGCAUGAGCAAGAGCAAGACUUGUGUACUACAGUGUGUUUGAACCUUGAGGCGCGGCGCGGCGGAGGGCUGGCCCAGACUGCUUACCAUUACUGCUGCCUGCUGCUGUACUGUCAGGAUGGACUGUGUCAGGAUGGACUGCGACGAGGAGGGCCGCCCCCCUGCCUCCGUCUCCCCGGGGAUCGCUGCCGAGGAGGAGAGGGUGAGGCGGCGACGCUCCACCCUGGGGGGCCGUGCCUGCCGCAGCAUUGGGGGCAGGUUGUCCCUGGCGGCCCCCCCUCACCCGGGCCUGCACGGCGUAGGAGGACUGGCCGCCUGCAUUGGACCCCCGCAUAACUGGCCCACGUGCACCAUCUCCCGACAUCAUUGCAGCCUUUUUGGUCCCCCUUGGACGUUUACGGGCACGUGCAGAAGCAACAGCCGUUGCUACAGCUGCCGUAGCACUCAUUGUUGGCGUGGCAGAGGUGGUGGUCACUUUACUGGGGUCGGUCUAUGGGACAGAGACCAAGUGCUUCAAGUCGAUGAAGGUCAGCCGUGGGAUAUAAAGCUCACGCAACUGUUAGACAUUGGUCUGCGUGAAGCCAUGAGAAGACUAGAGGCGCGGCUGCCUGCAGAUGAGUGCGCACCAGAGCUAAGGGCUGCUGUCUUCACACAGGCUGGAUCCAUGUCAAUGGAGCUGGCAGAGCAUGUGGGGUGCUUUACACCUUCUGCUACUCCUGGGCAUAAUUCAUUUCCUACAAGUGCCAGCAUUGAGAUGUACAAAGAGAAAACAAGAGAGAUGGAAGAGGAAUACAACAAAUGGAAAGCAAUGAGAAGGCAGAGAGAGGCAGAUUGUCGCACAGCUGAAAUGGUGUUCCAAGAAGCCAAAUCCAUGGUGACCACAGUGGAUGAAAGUCAGGAGGCCCACCUUAGUCCUGCCCAGCAGAGCUUCCUGGAAAGCUGGUCUGACUAUUCGUGUUACAUUGAG